AUGGAUGUAGGGAAGCUGUUUAAUCUUCCCAGCGUAUCCUCCGCGUCGGUGAACAAACGUAAAUGGAAUGCACCUGCUGGAAGGCCGCUGGAUGCGAUUAAAGAGCCCCCCCUUGCAGACGAUAAUGGGAGCAAACGUGCGCGUGUAGACGACGAAGACGAAGAAGGCCCACAAUUUGCGUCCGACAAUGCCGACUACUUUGAGGACGACGACGAGGAAGGCAGAUUUUUUGGUGGUGGUCUUACAGACGAGCAGCAGCAAAUUUUGGAAAUAAUGAACCGCGACGGCGGGCAGGGCGCAGAGGCAGUGCAGGACAACAGUACGCAGCUUACCGAGCUGCGCAAGCAGCUCUUGCAGCUGGAAAAGACGAUUAGCAAGAACCAGGAAAUGCGUUUGAAAUACCCGGAUAAUCCGCAGCGGUUUAUUGGCUCGGAAGCGGACUUGGAUGCGGAGCUGCGUGCGUUGGUGGUGCUCACGACCGACUAUGCACGACUCUAUCCCGAAUUUGUCCGCUUAAAUGGGGUAGGGAGCGUGUUGGAGCUGCUGUCGCACGAGAAUGCAGAUAUUGCGGGAGCUGCUAUUCAUGUUCUUGAGGAGCUCACCGAUGGCGACGUGCUCGACGAGGAUCUGGCCGGCGACGCGAAACUCUCCGGGGUGGACGCGAUGCAUUUGCUUGUGCGCACCGUGCGAGAGAGCCAAGGCCUGGCGCUGCUUGUCUCGAACUUGUCGCGCUUUCAUGACCGGCGGCCAUCCGCGGACGAUGUUGCAGCGCUGGCAAACUACGAGAGCGAUUUCCAGGGCGUAUACUACACGCUCAGCCUCUUGGAGAAUGUGGUUGCGCUGCAGCCCGACGCCUCGGAAGAGCUUGUGAGUACCACAUCCAUCCUACCAUGGCUUAUGGAACGGAUCCAAGCGAGUCAUUUUGAUCAGAAUAAGGCGUAUGCCGGUGAACUGCUUGCCAUUCUCCUGCAUGACAACACACCGAACCGCGCCGCAUUUGGCGAGCAAGGCGGGGUCGAUGCGCUGCUCAGAACCAUUGCACCAUUUCGCAAACGCGAUCCGACGGACGAAGAAGAGACCGAGUUUAUGGAGAAUUGCUUCGACGCGCUGUGCUCUGCACUGCUGUACGACGCGAACAAGAAGCAAUUCUUGGACGACGAAGGGAUCGAGCUCAUGGUGCUUAUCUUGCGCGAUAAGAAGCAGGCACGGCUACGUGCAAUCAAACUGCUUGACCAUGCCCUCGGCGGAGCUUAUGGUGUAGCGUCGUGUGAGCGUUUGGUCCAGGCCCUGGGCCUUAAAUACCUCUUUCCCAUUUUUAUGCUGCCGACCGAGGCUGCGGGCAAGCACAAACACCAUGCGACCAGCACACAAGAUAUGGAGCACAUACUUGGUAUCUUUGCAUCCCUGUUGCACAACCUUGCAUCCGACUCCUUGCCGCGCAUCCGCGUCUUGGCGAAAUUUGUCGAGCAGCAGUUUGCAAAAUUGGACCGCCUCAUGGAACUGCGUGACGCUACAUUGCACCGCCUCGCUGUAUUGGACCGUAGCGCGGCGCAAGAAAAGCGGAUCUGGGCGGAACAAGGCCUCGAUGCGACGGACCAGGCGGAACUUUUGUACCUGCGCCGUAUGGAAUCCGGGCUCUAUUCGCUGCAGCUCAUCGACUAUAUCCUUGCAUGGCUCGCGAUGGAGGAUGACGGUGCCCAUUCGCACAUUCGCAUGCUGCUGAAGCGUGGGAACCUUACAUUUUCCAGCAUACUCGACGUGCUCCAGGAAUACCAUGAUUUGACCGGGCAAGACGCCAUGGUUGCUGUUGAUGCAGCGCAUGGUGGGAUGCGCAAAAAGGACAUUAUCCACGCAUUACUUUCCUAUAUCCGCGAACUCUAG